AAGACUUUUUUUACAUAUUAUAUUGAUUUACAUGCUUAAUGUACUGCAGCCGGACAUGCAACAGAAUCGUUUACAGAUUUUGUUGUAGGACAUGGAGAGUUAUGGUCUGCUCAGAUGUUGGCAUCUCUUGUCAGAAAAGUGAGUGGGAUGGAUUGUAAUUGGAUGGACACGAGGGAGGUCCUUAUUGUAAAUCCUAGUGGUUCUAAUCAAGUUGAUCCAGAUUACUUGGAAUCUGAAAAAAGACUUGAGAAAUGGUUUUUGCAAAAUCCAUCUAAGACUGUUAUUGCAACUGGUUUCAUAGCUAGUACACCUCAAAAUAUUCCUACAACUUUGAAAAGCGAUGGAAGUGACUUCUCUGCAGCUAUAAUGGGGGCUUUGUUCAGGGCACGCCAAGUCACAAUCUGGACAGAUGUUGAUGGUGUUUGCAGUGCUGAUCCCGGAAAAGUUAGUGAGGCUGUGGUAUUGAAGACGUUGUCUUAUCAAGAGGCCUGGGAAAUGUCAUAUUUUGGGGCAAAUGUUUUACAUCCCCGAACCAUCAUUCCAGUGAUGCAAUAUGACAUUCCAAUCGUUAUUAGAAAUAUCUUCAAUCUUUCAGCACCUGGAACGAUGAUCUGCCAGCCUUCCGUUAAUGAGUUCGAAGAUGGGCAGAGGCUGGAAUCUUAUGUCAAAGGGUUUGCAACUAUAGACAAUUUGGCCCUUGUAAAUGUUGAGGGAACUGGAAUGGUUGGUGUUCCUGGUACAGCUAGUGCCAUUUUUGGUGCAGUCAAAGAUGUAGGAGCCAACGUUAUCAUGAUAUCCCAGGCUAGCAGUGAGCAUUCUAUCUGCUUUGCUGUUCCUGAGAAAGAAGUAAAAGCUGUUGCUGAGGUUUUACAGUCUAGAUUUCGUCAAGCUCUGGAUGCUGAGCGUCUUUCUCAGGUGGUUUGAUAGAAUUCUAGAAGCUGAUGUUAUUUAUCAAUACUUU